AUUUCAUAAAACUGAAGUAAGGUAUAAUGAUGUAUUCUCCCUGGCUUCCGGUAAUCCCAGCCUAUUUAAAGAAAGAGAUCUCGCGAGAUCUUCCUUCUUCCGUUUGGCUUCGUUGAUAUAGCAGACGAAAAUUUUUUAUCUAUUACCUAUCUACUUUAAUCCUUGUGGAUUUUGCGUUUAACCUUAGUAUUUUUACUUACUUUGGUGCAGCCUUUUGAUUUGGACAUGGAUAGUCCUGUUUGUAGCCCAGAUGGGGCAGAUGUGGGCCAAGAUGGCAAUUCUGCAAAUCAUGCAGAUAAAAAACUCUUGUAUGGCCAAGAUGGCGACCCCAAAAAGUGGGGAAGUUAUAGCAUCCCUAAGAAAAGACUGAAAAAGGGAGCGAUAGACAAAGAUCGUUAUGAAGACGACAGUGAUUCGUCCGAUCCUUAUGAAGAUGAUAGUUCAUCAGAAGAGGAGGGCGAAAUUGACGAUUUCACUUACAAGUCGCCAUUGACACAGUCGCAUAGCCGUGACGAGCCGCAGGCCGAUUCUGGUGAUGAACUAGACGCUAAGCAUUUUGAUCCGCUCAGUGAUGAGACGGAAUACAUGCUUGAUAAAAGUAAAGCAAAGUAUGCCAAGAAGUAUUUCAAACUUCAUUUAUCUGAGGAGAAAAUUCGCUCCCGCAUUUUAGAGGACGCGCCUAUACCAGGCAACCAAUUUUUGAAUCCGCCGGAUGUCGACGAUUAUCUCGAGGACUUAGUGGCGGAUCACAAGUCUAUGAAGUUCUUGAAAAUGCACGAUUCUUCACUGAAAUUUGUACAGAAACGAGUUUCUCAGUGCAUGGGGCCCUUAUCUAGAAUUUGGGACGAAAUGGACAAAGCUCAUGAGGGCACUACGUCUAGUAUGGAAAUCGAGGAAGUGGUGAACUUGUUGGAAAAAACUAUACUCAAG